AUGCUCAGAACAGCAAUUCGACGCAACGUCGGCGGUAGAGCCAGCGGUGGUUCAGGCUACAACUCUGGUUCCAAAGCUAACAACAACCUGAUGGUCGGAGCGGUGGGCUUCGCAGCCGUCAUGGGAUUCUUAAUGUAUUUGAAUAAGGGGAAGAACGUACCUGCCCCUCCUACCCAGCAGACGAGUCAUGGUGCUCCUGUACUUCCGAGACCGGCAUAA